AUGUCCACCACGAACCUGUUUUCCAAUUGCACUAACCAUUAUCCCAUCGAACAAUAUUUCCUCAACUGCACUAAUACAUCCCGUCCCUGUGAGCUCAUCCAUGAUUUUGCGGUGGUGGCCGAGCUUCUAACUAUUCUAGAUUUCUACAUUUCCUGCAUUCUCUUCACAAUUGCAGGAAUACUCAAUGUUUAUUUUAUGACAAUUGUCCUUCCAUUAUACUUAAAAAUGAGUCAUUCAACUCAAAAAAGAUACGUAUUUGUUGUGAGUAGAUGUGUAUCAUCUAUUAGUGCAGCACUAACACUAUUAAUUCUUCGAUGUAUAUUGUAUGUAUAUUUUCCGCCUGGAAGUACGAAAUCAAAUUAUUUCUUGUAUGCCGUGGUGGUUAUUGUCAAUGAUAUCAGCUUUUAUAGUCUACAAGGGUCUUAUAUCGGAAUGGCAGUUCUUUUAUACAUAGGAGUUAUUCACCCAGUCUAUUUUUCCACCCAUCUGCGCCUUCGAAAAAUUUACAUAUUUGCAAUAUUAAAUUGGAUUCUGGCAGUUGUGGUAUCAGUUCCUACUGGGUUAUUUCAAACCGCUGGUUAUGUGCCUGGCCCUAUUAAGUGUGACUCCCAAGUUUGCAGUCCAAUUGUUGGUUUGAUAAAUUUUAUAAUCGUCAGCUUUGCAUUUCUUAUCACAAUAAUCAUCCUGUCUUUUGUCUUUAUUUGCCUGAGCUUUCAUAUUCGAAAAGCCAAAAAACUCGGAAGUUACACAUCUUCCCAAACUCUUCACCAUGCUCGAGGGCGGCUUGGAUGGACUCUCACAGCAAUUAUAGUAAUCAGUUUAGCUGAAGGGAUCCCAGAGAGUCUACUGAUUGGACUUAAAGCAGACAAUGCUCUGAAUACUUGUAAUAACUUUUAUCAAGCUGAUCGUUUGGUUGAUGCCACUAUUUUUACUUCAAUGAAUUCUAUUGUUUGGGCGCUAGUUCUCAUAUUGGACCCACUCGCAAGUACAUUAUUCGACGAAAAAGUCUUAUCAGAAACCAAAAAACAACUGAAAAUGUGUAAAAAGUACUACGCAAAGGUUCUAGAAACUUUAUGGACUCACUCCCACGGAAAUCGAAAAACUUCAAAAGAAAUGAGUCGCAACUCUUUUUCUACAAGUGAUAAUCCUUACUGA